GGAUUACACAUGAGAUCCCCAGCGUUCUGUGUAGUUAAAGGUGUCAACCUCAGAGGCAUAAGCACAUAUUAGACCAACCAGCAUCAGAAUUCAGAGAUAGAGAGGACAGUAGAGAGAGAGAGAGAGAGAGAGCAGAAGAAAGAAGCUCUAAAUCAGAUAAAGUUGUCACAAGACUCAUGAACCAUUGUGUUCCUGAUUGGAGUAUGGAAGAUGAUCUUCUUCCUUCGGUUGGAAACCAGAAAAAAUCCAUGGGGCUUGAUCACGAGCUUGUAGAGCUGUUAUGGCACAAUGGUCAGGUAGUUUUGCAUAGCCAAACACAUAGGAAACCAAGUCCUACACCUCAUGAAUUUGGACAUAUUCAGAAGCCUGAGAGACAAAUGACUAAGGGUGUUGGAUCUUUUGGGAAUUUCGGUCAUUUGAUUCAAGAAGAUGAUACUGCUUCGUGGAUCCAUUACCCUCUUGAAGAUUCUCUAGAUAAGGAAUUCUUUCCAAACUUCUUUUGUGAAUUACCAAAUUCUCACCCAAUUGAAACUGAGAAACAAGUCAAACACUAUCAAGGAGAAAAAAAUGUUAGUUUUGGUGGUUCAGAGGAAACUAAUGUUCUUUUCACUAGUAGUGCGGUGAGAUCACAACAAACCGGAGUCAAGCAGUCCAACAAUGUAAAUUUGGUUCAAAAUCCAAUGCCUCCUCCUCAGUUAAAGAUUCCUGAUUCUGCACGACAAGAUCCUAAUAUGGAAGGAACGGAUAAGAUCCAAAACUUUUCUCAUUUUUCCAAGCCAAUUAAAGCCGAACUAGGAUCUUCAAACGGACGGACUAUAGGGAAAGGAUCGAGCCAAGUUACUAGAGUAGAUGUUGGUGAGUCUUCAUUGAUGACGAUUGGGUCAAGUCACUGCGGCAGCAACCAAGUAAUAAAUGAUGCUGAUUUGAGUCGGGUUUCAAGCAAUGCUCUUGGCACUGCUGGCAUAUUUACAGGACCAAGUAAGGAGCAUUUGCAAAUGGUAUUUUCCCAUGGUGAGAGAGGGAGAACAGAGACGCUUGAGCCAACUGUUACUUCGUCUUCUGGUGGAUCUGGGGGUAGUUUUGGAGGAACGGGAAAACAAUCAACUAGUACCCACAGCCACAAAAGAAAAGGAAGAGAUGUGGACGAGUCUGAGUGCCCGAGCGAGGAGGCUGAAUUUGAGUCAGUUGAAGCAAAAAAGCCACCUCAAAGAUCUGGGUCCAACCGCAGGAGCCGCGCUGCUGAAGUUCAUAAUCUCUCUGAGAGGAGACGGAGAGAUAGAAUCAAUGAGAAGAUGAAAGCACUUCAAGAGCUUAUACCUCAUUGUAACAAGUCAGAUAAAGCAUCGAUGCUAGAUGAGGCAAUUGAGUACUUGAAGUCACUUCAAUUACAAGUUCAGUUAAUGUGGAUGGGAGGUGGAAUGGCUCCAAUGAUGUUUCCUGGUGUCCAGCACUACCUGUCACGAAUGGGUAUGGGAAUGGGCCCACCUCCGUUGCCUUCUAUGCGUAGUCCGAUGCAAUUACCAAGGGUUCCACUGGUUGAUCAGGCUAUAUCUUCAGCUACUGCACAAAAUCAGCCUUCUAUGUGCCCACCUGCUAUAUUAAAUCAAGUUAACUUUCAAAACCAAAUGCAAAACCCAAAUUUUUCUGAACCAUACGCACGCUACAUGGGCUUCCACCACAUGCAAACUGCUCAGCCCACGAGUAUGUUCAAUUAUGGUUCUCAACCAAUGCAGCAGGGUCAGAAGAUUGGACUCAAUGGUUUACCCAGCCAUGGUGGAACACCCAGUGGCAAUACUCCAAGCAGUUAAUAGUUCAUGCUUAUCUUUUGAUUAUGGUCCUCAAUGUGAACCGAAUACACUUUUUUGCAAGACGGUGAAGUUUUAUCUGCUUCUCUAGGAUGCCCCAUUGCUGCCACAAAGGUCAAAUCUGAAGAGUCAAGAAUACUCGGUGCUGCCUCCAAAAAAAUCUUGCUCAAGUUAUAGUGUAGAAAUUUUCUAAUGUACAUAUAUGAACAAAAAAGAACCAACCAAGUAGAAGAAGCCUUGCAAUAUUUACAGUAGGCUUCUUGGGCUGUAAGAAUGGCCGAAUUUCUUGUUUCAGACAAGUUAGUUUCUUUCGAAGAGUUACUAUAUAAGACUGGUAAAACCAUGUUGUUUUUUUGUAUAUGCUGCUCUGUUAAAUGUAUAACAUCUUACUGUUAUUUGAGUACAAUUUAAGAGUUACCUUGUUUUCUGUCU